GUUGUAUAGUCAUUUUUAAAAACCAUUCAAAAUUCGUCGAAAUUGCAAUAUUACCAUAAGUGCGAUGUUUGUGGUGUAGAAUGAUUUUAGAUCAAGUUCAGGCAUAAAACAUAAAUUUAGAAAAUGAAUAUCAGUUUAGUUUAGUUUAAAGAACGUUUAGCAGCCACAUACAUAUGUCAACGAAAAAUGCAGACCAAAAGUAUGCAAACUGACUUUGUUUUUUGUAAAGCGCCUGCGAAACCACCGCGGCUACGAAGGCAGCUCCAAACUCCUCAAGUCGAAAGUGAGGAUCGUUGCAGUCUGAGUUUGGGCCAACUAUGUCAGCUACCGCUUCAGUACAAUACUAAGCACAGUGAAGAGGAAUCCCUGCGGAUUUUAUCGCGUGACGAGGAGAACGCUCAGGAAAUACCCCCCAUGACCAAGCAGCCGCGAAAACGACGCAUAGCCCCGCCACCUCCACCGAAACCCCCAACAAAACCGAGAAAAAAUCGAAGCGAGAAAACUUCCAACGAUGACCACUGUGCGUUCAUUGAGCAGCUCUUUACCGAAACAACUGAGGCAAAUCCAGCGGCUACAGUGGUUGCGGAUCCCGUCGACGAACUGAUCGUAUCGAAGCACUACUUAAAUGCAGCUGCCAAGGAGCAUAAUUCAAAAUCCAAACGCGAUCGUCCACUGAGCGAAAUAAGUGUGACGUCGGUGGACACCCUGUCCCCAAAUACCGCAAAGGCAGUGCUCGAGCUGCAGAAACGCUGCCGAGCCGAUAAGUUGGCCUGCCUGAGCCUAACUCGCGUCACCUACCUCAGCAUAGCCAAUGAUCUUCAGCAGGUCGAGGAGGCGGAUCGAGCCACCAUAUUGCACGAUACGGAUCUUCUGGUAGCACCCAAUAGCCCGGCGGAAAGUUCGCCGGACGAGGAACUCAUGGCUUUGCAGCUGGGCAAGAAGUUGGCCCAAGUUUUGGGCAGCGGCGCGGGAUCACCUCUGACCCCUGGCGCAGUGGAGACGGGGUCAGUGGGUUCGGGUUCGCCCCUCGCAAAUGGAGAGCUCUUCAACGUGUCCAAAGCCAAAAAGGUAGAGCUACAGAACCUUUCGUCACGAUUCACAGCCGCCGUCACCCAAACACCGCCAGGUGCCACAUCAUCCACUCCCAAUGAAACAGGAGCUAACGGAGCUACAGGACCUGCAGGACCUUUGGGCGCUACAACAAACUCGACGUCGCUGGAAACGCAAUCAACUGUUAUAAUUUCGUUUAAAUCAUCUCAAACACCUGUGCAGUCUCAAACGAAUUCUGCAGCCUCCGAAAAUGUUGAGGAUGACACAGCGCCGCUGCCACUCCCACCGCCGCCCCCCGGCUUCGGCACGCCCACCACGCCCCUUUUGUCAAGCAAUGUGCUAAAGAAGGUCGCCAGCUUCACGGUCGAGAAGUCUUCGGCGGGCAAUAAUAGCUCGAAUCCCCCGAAUUUGUGCCCCGCCAAUGACGAUACCACCCUCUUGGCCACUCCAUGUUCCUCCUCGCUGACGCCGGCACCCCCGCCCCCCGAAAUCGCCGUGGGCGGAGCGGGGGGCGUGGCCGGGGGAGCUGGUUCGCGACGCGGCUCAUCUUAUGUACCGGAAAAGUUAAGCUUCGCUGCAUAUGAAAAGUUCGAAGGUCAAAUGCUGAUAAAAUGGCUAAUCUCAACGAUGCAGAGCAAUCCGAAGAGUUCCACAAUUGACGGCAAUCUGGAAUUAUUUAAUACUCUAGCGCUGCAGUUCUGCAAUAAUCUCAAAUAUGUCGGCGUCCUCAAGCAGAUCUCCAAUGAGCACUUGGAGUGCGGAUUUAGCCCCUAUGAAAUGUACCAAUGGACGCACACGGAGCAGCCGACAACCUCAUUGCCCCUGACCCCCGGAAAACUGGACAAAGUGGCGGCAUGGCCAUUCUCCAGCACACCAUCCGGAAUUCGAGCGCUGGAGUCCGGUUCCCUGGCGUCCCUGGGUGGAGGUGUGAUGGCAGGAUCUUUGGCAACCCUUGCCACUGCAUCCACAACCACCACGUCGGACAAUCAGAAAACCCUGCAGCAGAUCCUCAAGAAGCGUCUGCUCAACUGCUCAACGUUGGCCGAAGUGCAUGCGGUGGUCAAUGAGCUGCUGAGCAGCGUGGAUGAACCACCACGUCGUCCAUCGAAGCGAUGUGUGAAUCUCACGGAACUGCUGAAUGCCAGUGAGGCGACAGUUUAUGAAUACAACAAGUCCGGAGUGGAGGGCGCUGUGAAGAGUUUCACGGAUGCGGAAACUCAAACGGAAAGCGAGGACUGCGUGGGCACCUGCAAGUGCGGGCAAUCCACGACGCAAAUUUCCGAUAACGAAAGUGCAAAGGACAAUGAGAACAAACCACAUGCCUCUGCCCCGCCCCCUCCCCCCCCCCCCCCGCCGCCGCCCGCCUUUGUUGCACCCGCUCCGCCACCACCACCUCCUCCGCCGCCACUGGCCAACUAUGGAGCACCGCCACCUCCGCCACCCCCUCCUCCAGGCAGCGGUACCGCCCCGCCACCGCCUCCACCUGCACCUGCAUCUGAAGGAGGUGGCGCAAUACCGCCUCCACCACCGCCCAUGAGUGCAUCACCCUCUAAGACGCCGAUCUCACCCGCUCCACUGCCCGAUCCCGCCGAGGGCAACUGGUUCCAUCGCACAAAUACCAUGCGCAAGAGUGCAGUUAACCCGCCGAAGCCAAUGCGUCCAUUAUAUUGGACGCGGAUAGUGACGAGUGCUCCGCCUGUGCCACGCCCCCCAUCGGUGGCCAAUUCCACGGACAGCACGGAGAACAGCGGCAGCUCACCCGAUGAACCACCGGCUGCAAGUGGUGCAGAUGCCCCGCCCACUGCGUCGGCCACCAAGGAGAUCUGGACGGAGAUCGAGGAAACGCCACUCGAUAAUAUCGAUGAGUUCACGGAGCUCUUUUCCCGCCAAGCAAUCGCGCCCGUUAGCAAGCCCAAGGAACUGAAGGUCAAGCGCGCCAAGUCGAUCAAGGUUCUCGAUCCCGAGAGGUCCCGAAAUGUGGGCAUUAUCUGGCGCAGUCUGCAUGUGCCGUCCAGCGAAAUCGAGCAUGCUAUAUACCACAUAGACACAUCGGUGGUCAGUUUGGAGGCACUGCAGCACAUGAGUAACAUUCAGGCGACAGAGGAUGAGCUGCAGAGGAUCAAGGAGGCAGCCGGCGGAGAGAUUCCGCUCGAUCAUCCCGAACAGUUCCUCCUGGACAUUUCACUGAUUUCCAUGGCCAGCGAGAGGAUAUCCUGCAUUGUUUUCCAGGCGGAAUUCGAGGAGUCUGUAACGCUGUUGGUUCGAAAGCUGGAAACCGUUUCCCAGCUAUCGCAGCAACUGAUCGAAAGUGAGGAUUUGAAGCUGGUCUUCUCCAUUAUCCUAACCCUGGGCAACUAUAUGAACGGAGGCAAUCGGCAGCGGGGACAAGCAGAUGGCUUCAAUCUGGAUAUUCUGGGCAAGCUUAAGGACGUCAAGUCCAAGGAAUCGCACACCACCUUGCUCCACUUCAUUGUGCGCACCUACAUUGCGCAGCGGAGAAAGGAGGGAGUGCAUCCGCUGGAAAUCCGCUUGCCGAUCCCAGAACCAGCGGACGUCGAAAGAGCCGCCCAAAUGGAUUUCGAGGAGGUGCAGCAGCAGAUCUUCGAUCUCAACAAGAAGUUUCUGGGUUGCAAGAGGACUACGGCCAAAGUUUUGGCCGCCUCCCGUCCGGAGAUCAUGGAGCCAUUCAAGUCCAAAAUGGAGGAAUUCGUGGAGGGGGCGGACAAGUCCAUGGCGAAGCUGCAUCAAUCUCUCGAGGAGUGCCGCGAGCUCUUCCUGGAGACCAUGCGCUUCUAUCACUUCUCACCCAAAGCCUGCACCCUCAUUUUGGCCCAGUGUACGCCGGACCAGUUCUUCGAGUACUGGACGAAUUUCACCAAUGAUUUCAAGGAUAUUUGGAAGAAGGAGAUCACCAGUCUCUUGAAUGAAUUAAUGAAGAAGUCGAAGCAGGCCCAAAUUGAGUCGCGUCGCAACGUUUCCACCAAGGUGGAAAAGUCCGGACGGAUUUCCCUCAAGGAGCGCAUGCUGAUGAGGCGCAGCAAGAACUAGUUGUUUCGAUUGAAUAUAUUUUGUAUUUCUAGUUGCUUUUUAUUACACGAUUGCUCAGCAAAUUUCCCGUUAUAUGGAUGUAUGCUCCACUAAUUGUUAAGUUACAAAAUUGUAUAAACACUUUAAAUACACGCGUUGUGGCUCUACAAAUAAA